AUGUUUAGUUUAAAAUUUACAAUAUUCUUUGUAGCUUAUAUAAGCUAUUAUGUAAAUGGGGAAUUUUAUUUUGCAUCUUUGGCUAAUUAUGGGUGUAGUAGCAAUCAAAGAAGAGUAGCUUCUAUUUUGCAUGAUCAGGCAAACAAGACACCAUUUUCACUCCUUGUUAGUCCUGGUGAUAAUUUUCCCAGUGGUGUUGAUUUUGAACAUUGCUUUGACAAAGUAUAUGAAAGUAAAGCUUUACAAAUCCCUUUAUUUGCAACAAUGGGUCAGGCUGACUGGGAUAAUGGAAGUUCAGCUGAGCUGAUUAAAGAAAAUAAUGAAAUUUAUGAUAGUAUUAAGGAUAUAUAUCCAAAGUUCACAUUCCCAAAUUAUUACUAUCAUCAUGUUGCUCAUUAUACAGACACUUCAAGUGUAUUAUCAAGAAGAGAUGGAACAAUUUUGUUUAUAUUUAUUGAUACAUUUUUAUUAUCUAGUUCUUUCCCAGAUCAUAAAGUAACAGAAGAAGCUUUUCAGGUAUUAAAUGCAACUCUUCAAUAUGGAGAUAAACACAAUGACUUUACAAUUGUUGUAGGCAACAAAUAUUUAGCUUCCUCUUUUUCUAUUGAUGCUAUGCUAAGGAGAGUACAACAAUUAAUUGUUGAUAAUAAUGUUGAGUUAGUUAUUAGUGGGAAUAACCGUGGUACAUUUAAUUCUACAAUUGGUCAAACUACUUUUAUUAAUUGUGAUUCAUUAUGCGCUUUCAAAGUAAAUGGUGAUAUUCUGACUCCAUAUACUCUAUAUCACAAUCGUCUACAUGAAAUGAAGCCAAUAGUAACAAAACUUUCAAUGAAUGUCUUAUCUUUUCAGGGAGUAGCAGGGGGUGAAUUACCUUCUACUACUUUGAUUGACUUGCCAUUUAAGAAAGGAGCUAAGCAUUUAUCUAGAGAUGCUUUCUUAAAGGUAGUUGGUACUAUUGGUAUUAUGAUCCUAUUAGCUUGUCUUGGUUCCUUAGCUUUGAAUCACAAGAGGUAA